AUGGCGGGGUUGUUCUCGUUAGGAGGCGGUGGUGGUGGAGGAGGAGGAGGAGGAGGAGGAGGAAGAGGUAGCAGCGGAAACCACCAGGACCAGGAACAGCAACACCAGCACCACAGUCAAAACACCGAAAUUCCUCCUCCAGAGACCUUAUUUUGGUACAAACAAAACGACGACGUUUCAACAUACCGCGGUUUCGAGCUAUGGAACCAGCAUCAGCUUCAGCAGCAACAGCAGCAACAUCACGUGAUAGCACAUCACCAUCAAGCCCGCCCUCUCUUCCACCGAGAUCUCUACUCGUCGGCUGUUGCCCUUGGCGUGGGGCCCAGCGGCGCGUCCGAUGAGCAGUCUCCGUCGAGAUCGGCAGUUAUGGCGAUGCGGUCCGCCGCGGUGGGAGAAGCCGGAGGAGCAGGAAGCGGAACAACCGGAAUAAGCUGUCAAGAUUGCGGAAACCAGGCGAAGAAAGACUGCCCUCACAUGAGGUGCAGGACUUGUUGCAAGAGUCGUGGGUACGACUGCCAGACCCACGUGAAGAGCACGUGGGUCCCAGCCGCUAAGCGCCGCGAGCGGCAACAGCAGUUAGCGGCGCUUCAGGAUCACCAGAACAGAGAUGCUUCAAAGAGACCUAGAGAUGGCGGUAAUAGCAACAACCCUUCCACUUCUUCAGCACUUGUUUGCACUACUCGUUUGCCCUCCACUGGGUUAGAGCUUGAGCAAGGAAAUUUUCCAUCAAUAGUGAACUCUCCUGCAGAGUUCAGGUGCGUGAGGGUUAGUCCCUUGGAUGAUGUGAACGAACAGUACGCUUAUCAAACCGCCGUCAGCAUCGGAGGCCAUUUGUUCAAAGGGAUUCUCUAUGACUACGGUCCGGACAGCGAAAAUGCUAGCUACUACGGCGGCGAGGGUUCUUCUUCCGCUAUUGCUGGAGGUCAGCCCUUGAACCUCAUCACCGGCACUGAUUCUGCCACCACCGCAACCGCAACCGCCCCGGGUGUGUCGUCUGCAGAGGCUCUUGAUGUUGAUCCUUCGUCGUUGUACAAUCCAGCUCCAAUUAACACAUACAUGGCUGGUAGUAGCGGUACGCAAUUCUUCCCUCAUCAUCCAAGAUCUUGAAAAGAAAAGAAUAACAAAAUAGGAAAUAGAAAAGAACAAAGAAAAAGAAAGACGGUGUGAAGAUUGAGUGCUAUGUACUGGAUCUGGCUUCUAUUUCACGGGCUUUGUGUAUGUUUGGGUUAUUAUUCAUGACAUUGGUGUGGACUACUAGCUGGUAGUGAAGUGUGUAGGGGCAAAGAGAAAAGAGUUGGUAGAGAGAAAGAUAAAUUGGAGAGAACACGAGAAAAUUAUGCAGGCACAUUAGGUGUUUGUUUUUUUGCGUUAUAUGGAUGCUUAGUUCAAAAAAUACAUCAUUAAUUAUUAUAUUCUUCUCCUCCUACUUAUGAACUAGCUAAAGCUAUAUCUCAUUUCAUUUAUCUGUACCAUAUUAUUUUUUAA